AUGGAGGCCCGGGAAAAAGAGAACCAAUCAGAAGAGACCCGAGAGGCGGCGGCGAACCAAUCAGGGGAGCCGGAAACUAGAAGCCCAUUGAAGCCGUUGCGUCUUGGUCAUUCAGCUUCUUCCGCCCCGGCUGCUCCUCUGCAGGGGAGAGACAGGCUUCGCCUCCAGUCUGCAUCUUCCCGGGAUCCUUCCCUCCGAGGAAACCACCUGAGGCUGCCCAAUGGUAAAGCUGCCCCUGAGGAAUCGAAGAAUUGAACCGGGCACCUCCUUCUGCAUGCAAAGCAGCUGCUCUGCCAUUGAGCUACGCCCACGCCCCUAAUAGCAGAGCCCAACAUCCAGGACCCUGCCUUAAAAAGAAAAAAGCUGUCCAUAAUAAUGACACUGGACUACCCUUGAGGGUUGUCGUAUGGUACUGCUCAAAACCCCUCUAGCAAAACGGGCCUAACGACACCAGGCUGCUCUGAGGGGCUGUUAUAAACGGGGGGGGGGGUGACACCCUCAGACGCAGCCCUGCCCCCCUUUGUAAACAGGUGUAAUAAUGAGGGAUCUUUUCUCCCAUGGGGUUAAGGGGGGGGGGGAUGUAACACUGUGCAACCUUCAUUCACAUGAUGAGUUUUUUGGGAGGGGGGGUCUCUUUCGUUGCCUCUGCCAGGGAUUGGACCUGGGACCUUCUCACAAAGCAAAUGGGGAAAUAGAGCUUUUUGGGGAGCAAGGGAAUUUAUGUUUGCAGGGAGGGGAGGGGGAAUCGCCUGCCAACCACCCCUCCUCCCGCUUCCUAGAGAGGCGGGUUUUCCAUGAAACCUCAUUAAGAGGUUUUGGAUAUGAUCCUAAAACCUCACAAACCUGAGUGACUGGGCAAACCCAGGCUAAAUGUCCCCUAAAGACCAAGAGAUGGUUUUCUAAAGCUUCUAUGUAAAGUUUGACAUUCUUCCUGUUCCCUGUCUCUCCCUUGCAGUCCCUGGACUGGUCCCUGCUUCUCCCCCCCCCCCCCCCCUUUAAAUUUAUAUGUAUUGUAUAAGUUUUGUUUUUUCAAAAUGUUGAUCAUAACAAACAUUUAAAAACAACUCUCUGUCAAAGCAUCCCCCCAAUGUGUGUCUCUGUGGGAAAACAUAGCGUAUGUGUCACCCUUGUAGCUUUUUCCAACUAAUGCUUGAGCUCCCUUGGUCAGUUUUUCUGAAAGUGCAAUCGUCCAGAUUUUCUGUUUCCAUUGUCUUAACUGCAAGUGUUCCAGAAAUCUCCAAUUUUGAUCAAAGACUUGUUGUGCAGCUACUAAAACAAAGGUGAUGAGUUGUUUAAAGCUCAAAAUUGGCAUUGCUAUCUCUUUUAAAAGAAUAUUUUUUAACAAUACCAAAGUUGGGGUACAUAGGAUGUUUUGUUUUCACCAUUUUUUAGUUUUUUUGAUAAUAUGUGUUUGGAUUUUGGAUUGGUAUCUGUAAUUAGAAUUUCAACUUUGAGGUAAGGGUCUAGGGUCUAGAGCAGGGGUCAACAAACUUUUUCAGUUGGGGGCCGGUCCACUGUCCCUCAGACCUUGUGCGGGGCCAGGCUAUAUUUUUUUGGGGGGGGGGGAGAAUGGACGAAUUCCUAUGCCCCACAAAUAACCCAGAGAUGCAUUUUAAAUAAAAGCAUACAUUCUACUAAUGUAAAAGCACGCUGAUUCCCGGACCGUCCGCGGGCCGGAUUGAGAAGGCGAUUGGGCCGCAUCCUGCCCCCGGGCCUUAGUUUGCCUACCCCUGGUCUAGGGUCUAGAGGUAUGUGCAGUAACUGUUUGGUUUGUUAGAAAAAGUGUAAUUUGAGGCACAUUUAGCCAGUUCCAGAUGUUGUCUAGCUUUGCUUAAUAUUUGUUCGCCAGUCAAAGGUCUGCCAUAUGUGUAAAUGUCUCCAACCCUAAAUGAAUCUGUAUUGUCCAUUGUUCACAUCAAAGAAUUGCUCUCUACUUUGAAGUGCAUCGUGGCAACAGGUGAGGGAGUCCCAGAAGUGGCCCAGUUUACGCUUGCUUGUGUGUCAAGUAGGGAAGGGACCUUUAAAAAAGUUAUCUUUUCUUCUUCUUCCAGAAUCUGGUUACCAUCCAGGCCCUCUUGACCUUUGAGGAGGUGGCUGUGUUUUUCACGGAGGAGGAGUGGGCUCUGCUGGAUCGUGGCCAAAGAGCUCUGCACAAGGAAGUCAUGGAGGAGAAUUAUGAGAUGGUGGCCUCUCUAGGUAAGGGCAGAUUUUUAUGCCUCUGGACUGCUAGAUGUUGAAGGUGUGGAUCCACUCUUUUGUGCCAUUUAUUCAUGCAGAGUAGGAAUAAGAAUAGCCUGCUGGAUCCCUCUUUUUGUGUAUGUACGAUAUUUGCAGCUUUGCUCUCUGAAGCACCAUCCAUUUACACACACACACACACACACCGCUUGUAACAAUGGGAACCACAAGUCACUCUCCUGCUCAUGUUGCAUGCCUUUGUAGGAUCUGGAUAUGGCAAUCCCUCUUCUUUGCCUUUGCGGUCAAAAAUACAGAUUGAUUUGAAAGGGCUGGAUGUUUUCUGGCCAAAAGUAGCUAAUAUUAACUCUUUCCUUGGCAGAAUCAGACCUCAGUUCCUGUUGGGAAGAAGGACAAGAUCCAUUCCUCCAGGUCCCCAAAGAAGGGGGAACCUUAGCAGGUAUGCGCUUAGUCUUAGUUGUGUCGUGGGGCCCUUUUUGCUCCAGUAAUAUAAAUAUUAAUAUAAAUGUUAUUAUUAAUAUUAAUAAAUAAAUAAUUUAUACCCCCACCCAUCUGGCUGGGUUUCCCCAGCCACUCUGGGCGGCUCCCAACAGAAUAUUAAACACAAUAAAACUUCAAACAUUAAAAACUUCCCUAAACAGUUUUCUCCUAAAAGUCAGAUAGUUGCUUAUCUCCUUGACAUCUGAUGGGAGGGUGUUUCACAGGGAGGGUGCCAGCACCGAGAAGGCCCUCUGCCUGGUUCCCUGUAACCUCACUUCUUGCAGGGAGUGAACCACCAGAAGGUCCUCGGCUCUGGACCUCAGUGCCUGGGCUGAACGAUGGGGGUGGAGAUGCUCCUUCAGGUAUACUGGCCCAAGGAAGAGAAGUCCUGCUUCUGGGCUUCCUAUCAGUAUUUAGUUGGCCCCUGUGGGGCCAGGUGGACAAAUGCAGCCUUCAAACCUCUCCAGCUGGCCCUUGGGCCUCUCUUCUCCCCAGACCCUGACCGGCUUCCCAUCUUCCUUGAGUGUUUUUGGUCUGGCUGGGUUGUUUCCUUGAAAUCAGAUGGGGCUUCUUGCCAGCCUGGAUGGAGGACAGAGAAGGGUGUGUGGAAGCUCUGCUCCUGUCCAAAGGUCGCAUUUACAUUUGUUGUAAAUGUCUCUGGCCCCACAGCAUACAGGCAAGCCACUCUCAAUUUGCAAAAUGUUGCCCACACAGGGUCUUCUAAAGAGCAGAGACGGCCUCCAGGCUGAGGUUUCCCUUCCAUGUGCUGAGAUGCACCCCAAAUUAAAAUGUCCUCUGUAGUGCCACUGAGCUGAGAUCCUCUUCACGGGCGCCAGGGGGGUUCUGUUGGGCCCACGUGUCCCCUCUGCUAUCCCUCAGCAGGAGAGCUAAGAUCUUGCCUUUCCCUGCUUUUGGGAAGAGAGCCAUGGCAGUAGUAGCACUAGGAGUGUCUGGCUAUUUUGUAUUUCGUCAUUUGGGUUGAAGGAUAAGAUCCAGUUGGAUGGGGCUCUGAGGAAGAGGAGAGAUGAGCAGACACAGCUCAGCAAGUUUGAGGAGCAGCAAGAAGGGACUUGUGUUGGUGUCUUGAGACAACAUAUUCAUAGUCAGAAGCAUAUUCAGAAGCUAACUUCAGAUGCAGCUGGUCAGGGAAGGAAGGAGGGGGGCAUGCUUGAAAAUGGUAAACUCAGAGAAGUGGAAAACUGGGCUCGAUCCAUGAUGAGAGUCUCUGCUUCUGAGUUGUAAUUUGAAUGGCAUUUUCUUUUUCUGCCUCAAAACAGGUAAUGGGCAGAAGAGUAAGAAUUAUGGUGAGCCAUCUGUGGUGUCUGUAGAAAAUGUGGGGCAUGAAGCACAGAAAGAGACAUUUGUAAAUCAACGAUCACCUGAAAAGCAUGUAGGAAAUGUGUUGAAGAACUGGAAAACCAAAUCCCUUACUACUCAGGACACUGAUGUCCGUGUAUCACUGAGUCCACAGGAAGAAUGCACAGGAAGUAGCAGUGUGGAGUGUGGAAAGAGCUUCAGUCAGAGUGGAAGCAUUAGUUUACAUCAAAGAACCCAAGCAGGGGAGAAAGCAUUUCAAUGCACAGAAUGUGGAAAGAGCCUCAGUAGUGCUGGUAACCUUGUCAAGCAUAAAAAAACCCACAGAGGGGAGAAACCAUUCAAAUGCAUGGACUGUGGAAAGAGCUUCAGCCAGAGCGGAAACCUUAUUGCACACCAAAGAAUUCACACAGGGGAGAAACCAUUUAAAUGUAUGGUGUGCAGAAAGAGUUUUAGUCUCAAUCACCAUCUUACUUUACAUCAAAGAACCCACACAGGAGAAAAACCAUUUAAGUGUGUAGAAUGUGGAAAGAGCUUCAGCCAGAGUGGAAGCCUUAUUGCACAUCAAAAAACCCACACAGGCGAGAAGCCAUUAAAAACUAUGGUUUGUGGAAAGAGCUUCAGUCUCUAUCACCAUCUCACUGUACCUCAAAAAACCCACACAGGGGAGAAACUGCAUAAAUGCAUGGAGUGCGGAAAGAGUUUCACUUGUAGGAGUGCCCUUACAGAACAUCAAAGAAUCCACACAGGGGAGAAACCAUAUGAAUGCAUAGAUUGUGGAAAGCGCUUCCGUAUUGGUAGUGUCCUUACUUUACAUCAAAAAACCCACACCGGGGAGAAGCCAUUUAAAUGCACGGAGUGUGGAAAGAGCUUCAGUCAGAGUGGAAACCUUGCUGCACAUCAAAGAAUUCACACUGGGGAGAAACCAUUUAAAUGUAUGGCAUGUGGGAAGAGCUUCAGCCAGAGCGGAAGCCUUACUGCACAUCAAAGAACCCACACAGCAGAUAAAUCAUUUAAAUGUGUGGUGUGUGGAAAGAGCUUCAGCCAGAGUGGAAACCUUACUUUACAUCAAAGAACUCACACCAGGGAGAAACCAUUUAAAUGUAUGGAGUGUGGAAAGAGCUUCAGCCAGAACGGAAACCUUAUUGCGCAUCGAAGAACCCACACAGGGGAGAAACCAUUUCAUUGUAUGGUGUGUGCAAAGAGUUUCAGUCUGAAUCACCACCUUACUUUACAUCAAAGAACCCACUGCACAUCGAAGAACCCUUACAGGCGAAAGACUCUUUAA